CGAAAAGCAACGAGCAUCAUGCUGCGGUGGGUCAAAGCAAGCGGCAAUCGCGGCGCUCUCUGGAAGGCCACGGGUGGCCGAACGUUCAGCUCUACUCGUGAUGAAGUGACGCCGAAGACACUGGGCAAGAUCAUGGCGUCCCAACUGGACGACAUCGCCGUCGAGCACACGCGCAACUUCAGCAUUGUGGCCCAUAUCGACCACGGAAAAUCCACAUUGGCCGAUCGGUUGCUCGAACUCAGUGGCAACAUCACGUCGAAAGAGCGCGAAUCGGCGCAGCAUCUCGACAACCUCCAGGUGGAGCGGGAACGCGGCAUCACGGUGAAGGCGCAAACAGCUUCCAUGCUGUACCACGACAAGAAAUCGAACGAGCGGUACCUGUUGAACCUCGUCGACACGCCAGGACAUGUGGACUUUAGCUACGAAGUGAGCCGGUCCCUGAGCGCAUGCGAGGGGGUUCUCUUGCUGGUGGACGCGUCCCAGGGCAUCCAGUCGCAAACCCUCGCGACGUACCACGCCGCCAAGGACAAGGGGCUUCGGGUGGUGCCCGUGCUCACCAAGAUCGAUAUGCCGCACGCGCAGCCGGACGAAUGCAUGCUCAGCCUCUCGGCGCUGCUUGAUGUGGACCCAGAGUCGGUGCUGCUGACGUCGGCCAAGAGCGGUGUUGGCAUUGCCGAUGUGUUGCAAACGGUGGUGGAUCUAUUGCCGCCGCCAGUGGCCGACCGCCACGCGCCGCUCAAGUGUCUCUUGGUGGACUCAUAUUAUGACGAUUACCGAGGCAUUGUGUGCCUGGUUAAGGUAGUGGACGGAAAAAUAUCUCCUGGCGACAAGGUCGUGAGUGCUGCGACAAAGACCAGCUAUGAUAUCCAGGAAACGGGCGUGCUCUUGCCGCAUCGGUCUCCCACACAAGGAUUGCAAGGGGGCCAAGUGGGGUACAUCAUUGCAGGCAUGAAGACCACGACGGAAGCCAAGAUUGGCGAUACAUUUUUCCACCCAAACCAACCCGUGGAGCCGCUGCCUGGCUUCCAAGAAGUGCGCAGCAUGGUAUUUGCGAGCAUGUACCCCACGGACGAGUGCAGCUUUGACGACCUGCGCAAUGCGAUGGGCAAAUUGACGCUCAACGACGCGAGUGUGUCGGCCCAGAUCGAAAACAGCGGAGCUCUGGGCAUGGGGUACCGGUGUGGGUUUCUGGGGCUGCUGCACAUGGAAGUAUUCCAUCAGCGGCUGUCGGACGAGCAGAACAUGCAGGUGCUGGUCACGGCGCCCAUGGUGCCGUACACGAUCAUCGACGCCAAGGGCGGCCGGUCGAUUGUCGAGACCCCGGGUGACUUUCCAGAGUCCACCAAGUACUACCAAGUAGAAGAACCUAUGGUCGAAGCGUCCAUCUUGACACCCACAGACUACCUCGGCACGAUUCUCGUGCUUGUGAAUGACAAGCGAGGCGUGCAGACCAACAUGGUGUACCUGGAGGACAACCGCGUGGCGCUGACGUUUCUCCUCCCGUGGCAGGAAGUGGUCACGGAGUUUUACAACGAGCUCAAGACCAUCACGUCGGGCUAUGCGUCGUUGAACUACCGCGAAGUGGAGCCCCAGCAAUCUGACAUUGUCAAGGUCGACAUCUUGAUCAACGGCAAGAUCCUCGACGCCCUGUCCUUUGUCUGCCAUCGAUCCAAGGCCACGGCCGCCGGUCGAGCGCUGUGCCUCAAGCUGAAAAACGUGAUCGACCGCCAGCAGUAUGAAAUCUCCAUCCAAGCCACGCUCGGUGCCAAGGUAUUUGCCAAGGAGCGCAUCGCCCCGUUCCGAAAAGACGUGCUGAUCAAGAGCGGCAAGGCCGUGGGCGGCGGCGACGUCACGCGCAAGCAGAAGCUGCUCAAGAAGCAGAAGGAGGGCAAGAAGCGCAUGAAGACGGUCGGGAACGUCCAGCUGUCGCAGAAUGCGUUCUGGUCGGUCAUGUCCAAAUAAUCAAACCAGUGUUCCGAGUAGUACAUCCAUAAUACUACUAGUUAUGAAUAGUAGUAGUACUAGUGUG